AUGGCGGCACCCAUCCUGGCGCAGCAGGCCUCUCCGGUCGAUGAUGUGUUGGCCGCGCUGCAGAGUCCACGGACAGCUGUCAAGAUCUGGGCGCUGAUCAAGAUUGCUCAGUUUGGCGCCGCGCGGGCCGCGCAGUUUCAGCUCGACCUCCAGGUUGUGCCUCUGCUUGACGAUGCGAGCAUGGAGGUUCAGGAGCAGGUGCUGCGAACUUUGAGCCAUCAAGGUGAUCGCGGUGCACGCCACUGCUACAGCAUGGCCAAGAAGAUCCGGAGCCCAGUGAAGUCAGUAAAGCUGGCGGCCGUCCGUGCCCUGGGGAACCUCCGCACGCUGGCCUCCGAGUUCAGCUCCGACAUCCUGGCCUGCCUUGAUCAGAAGGACCCAGACCUCGAGGCUGAGGCUUGCCUUGCCCUAGGCAAGAUGAAGGCCACAACCUCAGGCAACAGGGUCGCCGCGAAGCUCAGCAGCCCGGAUGCCGAAGUUGUGGCCGCCGCUUGUGGUGGCCUUGCCGAGAUGGACCGUGAGGCGGGUGCAGUAGCUGAGUUGCUGGGGCACAAGGACGGCCGGGUCAAGGCAGCUGCGGCAGAGGCGUUGAAGGACAUGACUGGUGCCGAGGACUUCGCGCCUGGUCUUGUGAAGCUCGUGGGCGAUUCCGAAGGCGCCGUUCGCCGUGCUGCGGCCGUCACGCUGCGGAAGCAUGGCGAGGCCGUCAGCAGCCGGAGUGGCGACUUAGCAGCGCUGCUGAAAGGAGCCCCCGGCGUGGCGGCCUGCGCCGCCCAUGCACUGGCCGGGCUCGGGGCGCCCGCAAAGGGGCAUGCUGCAGCUUUGGAAGCUCUGCUGAAAAGCGAUGCGGAGGACGCCUCCGCGGUCUGCCUCUGCGCCUCGGGUGCGGGUGCCGAGGUGCCUGCGUCUUUGCGGAAGCCUGCAGUGGCUGCCGCUGAGGCCCUGGGCGCCUGCGGCGACAAGGCGGCCGCGCCGCAACUGGCUGAGCGCCUCGGCGCCGCCGACGUGGAGAUACGCGUGGCCUCCGCUGAGGCCCUGGGCCGGCUGGGCGCGCUCGAGGCUGCACCGGCGCUGCGCAAGGGGCUGGAGGACCCCUCGCCGUUAAUGGUGGCCGCUUGCGCCCUCGCGCUCUCCUUCGCUUCGCCGGGGUCUGCGUCUGCAGCGGCCGUGGCACCACUCUUGAAGGACCCUCGGCACACGGUUCGCAGCGCUGCGACCGCGUCUCUUGGGCAGAUGGGCGAGCUGGCGCAGGAGUUCGCCGCGCCUGUCAGCCAGCUCCUGGACGACAAGAUGCUCCCCGUGCAGGUGGCGGCCCUCGAGGCCCUGCCGCGCUUCGGCGCCGCAGGGCACCGCUUCGCCGCCGAGGUCUGCCGCCUCACUGCCGGCGGAGAGGACAAACUCCGCCUCGCGGCGAUGGAGGCAUUGACGCAAAUGGGCCAACGCGGCGCAGCCUUCGCUGAGGAAUUAGAGGCCGUCUUGGACGAUCCGAUUCCAGAGCUAAGAAACGCCGCCCACCGGGCGCUGCAGCGCCUGUCGGGUGCAGAGGCGCUGCCCUCACUCCCCGAUCUGCCGAAGGCCACCGAGGUGGCGGUCGAGGCGGUCGAGACGCCCGCGCCGGCCUUGCCAGUUGCAGGCAGACGGGGUUGGGGUUGGAGCUGA